AUGACGGGCGACCUGGACCGCUGGGUUGGCUCCGUCGGAAAACUUCUCGGCAUGGGCGACCGAAAGAGGGGUUUGGGUGAUUUUGCCCUGGACCUGUUGUUGGUGGCUGGCAUGAUGGCAACUGGAGUUUACCUGGCCCGCAACUUUCUCUCAUCCCUCACAAAUACUCUUGCCGAUCCCGACCGAGAAAAACACGAACAAGCGCGAUUGCAAGCGAAAGCCCACCUCGAGCGCCUGCGAAAGGGCAAGAAUAUCGGCAGAUCAAGCGACGAUGCAGCAGAGGAUAGCAAUCCCUCCCGCCGCGGCCCCAAGCCAGAAGAUCUGGUGUUGAACGAGUAUGAAAAUCUUAUUGCACUAGAAAUGGUGGCCUCUGAGGAUAUUCCCGUGGGAUUUUCUGAUAUUGGUGGUUUGGAGGACAUUAUUGAUGAAGUUAAGGAGUCUGUCAUCUACCCUCUGACUAUGCCGCACUUGUACUCGCAUGCCGCACCCCUGCUUUCUGCACCAUCUGGUGUGCUGUUGUACGGCCCUCCUGGUUGCGGCAAGACUAUGCUGGCCAAGGCCGUCGCUCGCGAAAGCGGCGCCUCUUUUAUCAACCUUCACAUCUCUACAGUAACGGAGAAGUGGUAUGGCGACUCAAACAAGUUGGUUCGGGCGGUGUUCUCGCUGGCGCGCAAGAUGCAACCCGCCAUCAUUUUCAUCGAUGAGAUCGACGCCGUCUUGGGCACAAGGAGAAGUGGCGAACAUGAGGCGAGUGGCAUGGUCAAGGCAGAGUUCAUGACCCUCUGGGACGGUUUGACGUCAUCCAAUUCUUCCGGAAUGCCGGCGCGAAUCGUCGUUCUUGGAGCCACUAACAGAAUUCAUGAUAUCGAUGAGGCCAUCUUGAGGCGUAUGCCAAAAAAGUUCCCCGUGUCGCUUCCUGACAGGGAGCAGCGGCGACGAAUAUUGCAGCUUAUUCUCCAGGACACGAAGACCGACCCAGAAAAUUUCAACUUGGAGUACAUUGCCAAAGUCACGGCGGGGAUGUCGGGUAGCGACAUAAAGGAAGCAUGCCGCGAUGCGGCCAUGGCACCAGUCCGGGAGUACAUGCGCGAACAUCGCGCAAACGGCAACUCCAUGACCAGCAUCACGCCCGAUCAUUUCCGUGGCAUUCGGACGGAGGAUUUCUUUGGGAGGAAGGGUGGUGGCCAGAUCCUCAUGGAAAACCACGCGAAACAAUCAGCGAAGGCAUCGGGGACAUCGGCGGACGAGUACGAAGACAUGGUUGAGGAGCUGGGCUGA